AUGUCCCACCUUUCCAACGACACCCAACACCACGUCGGAGCAGAAGAAAUCGAUAAUUUCUCCGCAAUGUUCUCAAAACUAGUGGCCGCCUCAGAAGAACGUACUCGAGAAUACGUCCACGCAGCAACAGUCUCCUAUCCCAACAUUCCCGGUCUAGUAGCCAACAACAUUGGCACAGACAUCAUGCGUCAGGCCUUCGCAAAGAUCGAAGCAAUCGUUCCUGUGUCUUACGAACAAGUCCUCUCGUCCGUCGAAGGUGCCAGCGGCGACAUACAUGCCUCUCCCGCAGUCCUCGCAGGACAUGGUCUCGGCCUCUGUCAACCUUGUAAAGCCGAACAGGAUUGCGUAUGCGAAAGACACCAGAAGCUGCCCAAGGAGACGUAUCUUAUGGCGGCUUACUACGCACAUGGUAUCGAGAUUGUCUUGACCGAGGAGACCACUAGCGUAUAUCAUCUCCAGUCAUAUACAUACAGCAAUUACUCGCUGGGAUACAGCUCAAAGCCUUCUUCUGGCCGGGAUUCCGAGCAGGAGGCUUAUUGGGAUGAUGUCCGAGAAUUUAUUGGAAAUGCGUUGCUCGAGCAUCCCGGUUUGAGACCCGGGAUGGCGAUGUUAUACGGGGACAGAUGUACAGAUAAGGAAUUCCAGGCAGUUUUGAGACAAGUCUUGUACCAGGUGCUGGGAGAAGAGAACCAGCCGAUGUGGUUGCAAGAUGGUGUGGAUCCGAUAUUUGCUGGUGCCCUUGGAGCUGCGGACUUGUUGAAGAGGAAAACGUAUAGGAAGCUUUGCUUAGAUAGAGAAAGGAAAUUGGCUCUGUAA